GCCGGGCCGUGGGUGGCCGCUGCCUGUCCUGGCUGGCUGAGACGGCCCGCAGGGCCAGCUGGCAGGGAGCCGGGAGCCACCACCUGGUGCCUGCCCACCACCGCCCGGGAGCUGCCUCUGAGGAGCUGGACGCAGUGGCCAGCUGGCAUGCGGAGCCCCCGGGCCUGAGGCCGCAGCGGACAUGGAGGGCCCAGCGGAGGCGGCCUGGGAGGAGCCGGCCACCAGGGGGAGGGGGCCCACAGCGCCCUCGGGAGGCGGUGGUGGCGGCCACAAGGUCCAGAGAGCGGCCACGGGCUCCUCAGUCAUCUGGGAGCGAGCAGGGCCCGAGGAGGCCGAGGCUCUGGGCGGAGGCGAUUCCACUCCUCCUGCUGGCGGCUCUGGGCCUGCUGCUGGGACCCCUUCUGGCCAGAUGGGCACAUACCCCACAGACCUGACCUUGCAGCUACUGGCCGUGCGGAGGAAGACUGGGCUGCCAGACCCCAGCUUGCAGCAGACCGUGAGGCGCCGGCUCCGUCUGCUGGAAAAUGACAGCCGAGAGGUGGCCCGUGCACUGGGGGAGUUAUCGGCCAGGCUGCUGUCUAUCCACAGUGACCAGGAUCGGAUCGUGGUGACCUUUAAGACUUUCGAGGAAAUCUGGAAGUUCUCCACCUACCACGCUCUUGGCUUCACUCAUCACUGCCUGGAAAACCUGCUCGUCGACCAGGCCUUCUGGCUGCUUUCGCCCAACGAGGAUGAGGAGACAACCGUCCAAGUCCACGUGGACCAGGAGGCCUUGACGCUGACGCAUGAGAGCCUCCUCACCCAGGAGGGUCCCUUCUUUGUCCUGUGUCCUGACCACCAUGUGCGACUGACCACCAGCCCCCGGGGUGCAGGGGGCGGCCCCCAGCCCCUCGGGCGAGCCUCGAGGGGUCCCCAGGGAGAAGCAGCCUCUGCAGUGGACUCUUCUGCUCCCAGCCCUGGCACGUCCUCCGAGGAGGUGGCAGCGGUGGCCGCUCCAGAAACUUUGAUUCCGUUUCAUCAGUGGGCUCUCAGGGUGCCCUGGGACCCCAUCGACAACUCCGUGAGCCGACCUGUGACAUCAGACACCCCAUUGAUGGCCACGGGCCUGGCCUCGGCGGUGGCGGACUACCAGGGAUCUGGGCCUGAAGAGAUGACCUUCAGGGUCGGUGAUGCCAUCGAGAUCCUGGGCGCCCAGGUGCCCGGCCUGCCCUGGUGCCUGGGCCAGCACGUGGCCUCAGGCCAGGUCGGGUUUGUGCAGACGAGUCUCAUCAGUGUGCAGGGCCAAGCGUCUGAGCUGGAAAAUGUGAUUUUUCUCAAUGAAGAAGAAAGGUCAUUCUUUAGCAAUGAAGGGCGUUUUUCAGAGGAGGACGCCAGGCAGCUACUGAGGAGGGCGUCUGGCGCCGACGUGUGCACCGUGUACAGCUUGGACAGAUUAGAAGAAGCUGAGUGUGAACAGCCAGAACCAGAAAUGCCUCUGCCUUCCCUGACCCCAGAGCCGCGUGAGACCCUACAGAAGGUGAAGAAUGUUCUAGAACAAUGCAAGUCCUGCCAGGACUGCCCGGAGGAGCCAGCAUCCUGGGGUCUGUGCUCGGUGUCCAGUGGUGCAAACUCACCGGACAGUGAGGAGCCCUCCUUCUGCUUGGACUCAGAGGCCGACUGGACCCACCCGGAGGCCCUGGGCUCACUGCUGCUGUUCCUGGAUGCUCCUGGGUACAAGGCCUGCUUCCGUGGCCUGUAUGACCUCUCUCUGCCGGGGCUGAGCACCCUGUUUCGUGGCUUCACCGACGAGGAGCUAGCCGGGCACCUGGCCCAGGCCCGAGGGGCAGCCAAGAAGGCCGGCUUCCCCAUGGCCCUCGCCAGGCUCUGCUUCCUCCUGGGCCGGCUGUGCGUGCGCAGGCUCAAGCUGUCCCAGGCCCGGGUGUACUUCGAGGAGGCCCUGGGGGCCCUGGGGGGCCACUUUGGCGACCUCUUCCUGGCAGUGGCUGUGUACGCCAACCUGGCCACCGUUCACCUGAAGCAGAAGAACAGGGACAGGUGCGCGCAGGUGGUGCCCAAAGCCUCGGCCCUGCUGCUGGGGACGCCCAGCCACGUCUGCAGCACCGAGGCCGAGUCGGAGCUCCUGAAGCAUGCCCUGCGGCAGGCCAUCGCCUGCCGGAGCCCCCAGGCCGAGGCCCGGGCCUGCUUCCUGCUGGCCAGGCACCACACUCGCCUCAAGCAGCCCGAGGAGGCCCUGCCCUUCCUGGAGAGGCUGCUGCUUCUGCACGGGGCCUGGGGCUCCCCCGAGGCCUCGUGGCCCAUGGACGGCUACCUGCUCCUGGCGGACAUCUACAGCCGGCGGUGCCUGCCGCACCUGGCGCUGAGCUGCGUCCGGGCGGCCUCGCUGCGGGCCCGGGGCUCGCCGGGCAGCGCGCUCCGAAGCGUGGACCUGGUCCUCCGGAACUGCCCGCGGCUGCACCACCCGCCCGCCCAGACGGCGCACCACCUCCAGCGGGCGCUGGCCUCCCUGGCCUCGGGCCCGGGGCAGGCGCUGCGCGGCCCCCUCUGUGCCAGCCUGGCCCGGCUGCACAGCCGCCACGGGCAGCAGGACAGGGCCAUCUCCUUCAUGGCGCAGGCGGUGGAGGCGGCCGCGGGCGCCGGCCGCCGCCUGGCAGUAGACUACGUGGUGGCGCUCGCCUGGCUCUACGUGCUUCACGGCCGGAGCCCGCUGGCCCUGGACAUCCUCGAGUCUGUCCUGGACGUGGCCGUGGCCAGCGAGGACCAGGAGGGCGUCAUCGCCAACAUGGCAGCGAUCGCCCUCAAGAGGACGGGCCGGACCCGGCAGGCGGCCGAGGGCUACUACCGCGCCCUGCGUGUCGCCAGGAGCCGGGGCCACCUGAGGAACCAAGCGGUGGUGCUGGCCAAUUUCGGGGCGCUGUGCCUGCAGGCGGGGGCCGGGGGCCUGGCCCAGCACUACCUCCUGGAGGCCGUGAAGCUCUUCUCGCGGCUGCCCAGCGGCGACUGCGGCCAGGACUUCACGUGGGUGCUCCUGCGGCUCGGCCACCUGCACACCCGCAGGGCCCUCGCCCGGCAGGGCAAGUGCUACUACGAGUGGGCCUUUCUGGUCGCCGUGGAGACGGACCACUUGGAGGGCCAGCUGCGUGCCGUCCAGUGUCUCUGUCACUUCUAUAGCACCGUCAUGCCCAGCGAGGCCCAGUGCGUCGUCUACCACGAGUUCCAGCUCUCGCUGGCCCGCAGGGUGGCCGACAAAGUGCUGGAGGGUCAGCUCCUGGAGACCAUCAGCCAGCUCUACUUGUCCCUGGGCACUGAGCGGGCCUACAGGUCCGCGCUGGACUACACCAAGCGCAGUCUGGGGAUAUUCAUCGACCUCCAGAAGAAGGAGAAGGAGGCACAUGCCUGGCUACAGGCAGGGAAAAUCUACUACAUCCUGCAGCAGAACGAGCUGGUGGAUCUGUACAUACAGGUGGCGCAGAAUGCAGCCCUAUACACGGGGGACCCCAACCUGGGACUGGAGCUGUUUGAGGCAGCAGGGGACAUCUUCUUCAACGGGACCUGGGAGCGGGAGAAAGCCGUGUCCUUCUACCGGGAUCGGGCACUGCCCCUGGCUGUGACCACAGGGAACCAAGAGGCAGAGCUGCGGCUGUGCAACAAGCUGGUGGCGCUGCUGGCUGAACUGGAGUCGCCCCAAGAGGGCCUGGAGUUUGCCCACAUGGCCCUGGCGCUCAGCAUCACCCUGGGGGACCGGCUGAACGAGCGCGUGGCCUACCACCGACUGGCCGCCCUGCACCACCGGCUGGGCCACGGCGAGCUGGCCGAGCACUUCUACCUCAAGGCUCUGUCGCUUUGCAACUCGCCCCUGCAGUUCGAUGAGGAGACCCUGUACUAUGUGAAGGUGUACCUGGUGCUCGGUGACAUCAUCUUCUACGACCUGAAGGACCCCUUCGACGCGGCCGGGUACUACCAGCUGGCGCUGGCGGCGGCCGUGGACCUGGGCAGCAAGAAAGCCCAGAUGAAGAUCUACACGCGCCUGGCCACCAUCUACCACAACUUCCUCCUGGACCGCGAGAAGUCCCUCUUCUUCUACCAGAAAGCCCGGACCUUCGCCACGGAGCUUAACAUCCGCAAGGUCAACCUGGUCCCCGAGCGGUGCUGGGGGCGGGCGCCCUGGCUGGCCCCCAGCCCCCCGCCCUGAAGACCCCGGCCCACGGGAGUGGACUCCCCACCUCUCCUGGGGGGGUCUCUGCGGGGCUUGUUUCCUGGGAGACGGGGGUCAGACAGCAACCGAUGAUUUUGUGGUAACCUGCUGCAGCCUGCAAGACCCCUCCCCUGGUCUGCCUCUGGGGGAGUGACAGGGACCAGGCCCCAUCCCUGGGGACCCCCCUGGUCUGCAUCCCAUCCUCAGCUGUGACCUGGAAGGACAGACCCGGGCCGGGUCCCUCUGCCAGCCUUGCACACCCCAGUUCCUGGAGUCAAAGCAUAAGACGGCUGCAGGCUUCCCUGGGCAUCUUCUCCCUCACCCAUCCCCUCACAGCAUGUCUGGCUCUAGCUCUGCCUUCAGCCCUCAGACUGACCCAGAGCCAGCCCAGGUGGGACUGUUAGUGUCUCCAUUUCCAGUUGAGGAGAUGGAGGCACAGAGAGGUUAGGUGCCUGGCCCACCGUCACACAGCAGGUAGGGGGGGCAGGGUGUAUACCACCUGCCCGCCUGCCUCAAGGGAUGUGUCUGCAUUAGAACCUAAGGGCAGGUCCUGGAAGAGGGUGUCAGCGCCUCGCUGUCUCUCCACCCCUUAUCUGUGUCCCAAAGGCAACAGAGACGGGGCAAGGGAAGGUGGCCCCAGCGCUCUCCGACCUGAGCAUCCUCUGGCCCAGCCUGGCCCAUCACCUGCAGCCCCGCUGGCCCUGUGUGGUCUGCUGCUGAGCUUGUCUAAAGGCCCAUCUGCACCGCCAAGCGCCAGGGAGCCUCGAUUUACAGGCAGGGAAAGUCUCAGAGAGGCCGUGGGUCUCCCGGGUCGAUCUCCCCCCACACAGCAUCAUGUCACUCUCCUCUUUUUCUUUAAUUUAUUUUGUUAAGUAAGGUGAAAUUUACAUAAAAUUAACCAUUUAAGGUGGA